GGGUGGUACAACCACCCACCCCUACACACCUGAAGAAGAGGCCAAGGCCGSCGCGAUCCUGAAGGAGAGGAAAGAGAAGAAAGAGGCCAAGAGAAAGGCCUUGAUGGAGGAACAGGCGGCGAAACUGAAGAAGAUAGAGGAGGAAAUGGCCAAGAGAAGAGGAGGAGGUUGCAAUGUAUAUCCCCAAGGAUGAGCAAGAAGCCGCCGUUAAAGCAUGGGAUGUAGAGGAAGACCCCCUGAAGCGACAGGCGAUGGAAGAUGAGACGAGGAUGGAGUGGAGGCUUAGAAUGAUGAGGGAAAAGAAGAGGAGGGUGGAUGCGGCAAGUGAGGCGGCCAAAGAAUUAGAGGGGGUAAAGAACUUGAAAGAACAAUUGACCGCCCAGGUGGAUCUCCAACGAAAAGUGGAGAUCAUCGCCCUAAACGUCGAGCGCUUGGCGCGAGUUCAGGAGGAACAGUAUGCGUUUAGCAGGAGUCAGGAUAUGGCCGUGCGCUCGAUGCGGAUGGGAUUUCGUGAUUUUGCUCGCGAACUGGAAGGCGCCGUAGGAGCUGAGGUAAAGCAUCGCCUCGAGAAAACAGAAUGCUUCUGCAUCGGCGCCAGUGAAGGUGUUAAACUGGCGGCUCCCAAGGAAGAGGAAGCACAUCCUCGCAGGGAGCCAGUCAAAGUCAAAUUCCCUGAUUCCUACAGCGGGAAAAAGGAAGAGAACUUUGACAACUCGGAAGCCAACGUAAGAACGUACGUGCACCUGAAGAAAGUGUCCCCCGAUGAGCAGGUCCUGAUAGCCAUCCAUGCAUUGAAGGAAGAAGCCGCCAGUUUUGCACACUGCAGCGAUGAUGUGGUUGCCUACUCUGCUUUCACCCCCCUCGCGGACUUUCUUAAGUUGUUGCGCGAACGAUUUGCAGAUAUCUCGCGCAAUGUUAGAGCCUCUGACCGAUUGCAGACUAUCCACUCUCGUCAGUGGAGGAGUGCCAAGGCACUCAAGGGAGUAAUGGACGAGUUAGUGGCUACUCCUGACCAUGGGGUCACAAAGACCCAACUGGUCAACCUCUUCUACCGGGCUAUGCUCGAAUCGUUGCGUGGGCUCUUUUUUGGGAAGAGCCAGCAACCCAUCAUGACCUAUGACGCCUUGAGCAGGGAAGUGGUGGCAUUUGAAGCAAAGUCUGCGUCAGUUUCCACUUUCUGGCACAAGGACUUGGAUAAGGGAAAAAAGUGGAAGGGUCGCACUAUCUCAGGACAGGUGAAGACAAAGGAUAGCCUGAUCCUGACCUUAGACGAGGGUAGUGUCGAUGAGAUCCCCUACGAUCAGAUAGAGUGGGGGCUCGAGGAAAAUGACAGUAGCAGUAGUCAGGGGAGGACCUACGCUGCUGUCGCGGCUGGAGGGAGGCCGCAAGGAGGAGGAAUAGGCCAGGGCCAAGGGGGCCGGGCCUCAGGGAACCGUUCUCAGGGCGAUCAGGGGGUUGGCGGUAGAGGAGGAAACCGCCAAGCGGGAGGAAGGGGUCAAGAGGAUAGCCUCCCGUUUGACAUAGUCCUGGGUAUGGACUGGGGAGAGGCAGCAGGGGCCACACUCCACUUGAGAAAGCACGAGUGUAGGCUCCCUAGUCCAACAGGCAGUGUCAAGACUGCCCGCCUGUUUCAUGUGUCAGGAGUAGACAACUCCCUAGCGCAUUGCUGCCUUAGCGCUCCUGCGUUCGCAAGGCUAGUGAAAAAGGAGCAGCUAGAGGAACAGGUUUUUGUAGCCUAUGUUAGGCCAGCCACUGAGCCUAAGGAAGAGAAGCCUAUAGACCCUGCUAUUGCCAAGCUGCUGGAAGAAUUCACAGACUUAGCGAAGCCACCGAUAGGAGUAGUACCGCGGCCGAUCCAGCAUCGUAUUGAGAUUGAGCCUGGCAGUAGGACCCCCAAGGGAGCAGUGUAUAGGAUGUCCCCGCGGGAGUUAGACGAGUUGCGCAAGCAACUAGACGAGCUCCUAGAGAAGGGUUGGAUUAGGCCCAGUUCGUCUCCAUUUGGAGCACCUGUUUUGUUUGUCCCCAAGAAGAAGGGAGAGCUUAGGAUGUGCAUAGACUAUAGGGGUCUGAAUGCUAUCACAAUAAACUUGAAGAAUGCUGAGCCACUGCCUAGGAUAGAUGAUCUUUUGGAUCGAGUGCAGGGGUGCAAAUAUUUUACGAAGAUAAAUCUAAAGUCCGGGUAUCAUCAGAUAGAGGUUUAUCCUGAUGAUCAGUACAAGACAGCUUUCCGGACUAGAUACGGGCACUACGAGUUCAUCGUGAUGCCCUUUGGACUAACCAACGCGCCAGCGACUUUCCAGCGGUGUAUGAAUGAUUUGUUUAGGCUGUGGUUAGAUAGGUUUGUUGUAGUUUAUUUGGAUGAUAUCCUAGUGUUUAGCAAGACCCUUCAAGAGCAUCAGGGUCAUCUCAGGCAGGUCUUGGAGAAGCUGAGAGAAGCUAACUUCAAGAUCAACGCAAAGAAGUGCGAAUGGGCGAAGACCCAAGUGUUGUAUUUGGGCCACGUCUUAGACGGAGACGGCAUCAAGCCACAGGAUAGUAAGAUUGCAGCGAUCAGGGAUUGGCCAACACCGCGUACGUUGACAGAGUUGCGGUCGUUCUUAGGCCUAGCAAACUACUAUAGGAAGUUCGUAAGGAACUUCUCCACUAUCGCUGCGCCCCUUCGCAGAUUGCUAAGGAAAGAGGCCAUCUGGAAGUGGGACAAGGAUUGCACGUCUGCUAUGAAGAAGUUGAAGCAGACACUGAUAGAGUAUCCAGUCCUUAAGGUGGCCGAUCCGUCCUUACCCUUUGUCGUCACUACGAACGCUAGUCAGUACGGCAUAGGUGCUGUUUUGCAGCAAGACGAUGGCAAUGGUUAUAGGCCCGUAGAGUUCAUGUCUGCUAGGAUGCCUUCAGAGAAGGUUGCGACAUCUACCUAUGAGAGGGAACUCUACGCUCUCAGGCAAGCGCUAGAACAUUGAAAGCACUACUUGCUUGGGAGGCAUUUCAAAGUCUAUUCUGACCACGAAACGUUGCGAUGGUUAAAGACGCAGGCCAAGAUGACACCUAAGCUUACUAGGUGGGCCGCAGAAAUAGACCAGUACGAUUUUGAGCUCAAGCCAGUCAAGGGUAAAUAUAAUGUAGUUGCGGACGCUCUGAGUAGGAGAGCUGACUACUUUGGAGCGAUAGUUCACUACCUGGACAUAGGGAGAGACCUGCAGGAAAGAGUUAAAGAAGCAUAUGCGCACGACCCUAUUUAUAGUGACCUCCUCAAGAGAGUAAAGGAGGCUCCAGAGA